AACAUCCGCCAGGAGUGUCUGAAGGCCAGAAGAGAAACCCACCUAAACUGCCCUUCCUUGCAGCUCUGAGAUACUCCCAGCCACUGAAGAGCUUAUGGACUCUGACCGGUUUCAGUGCUAAACAGCUUGGCAUUUAAUUAUCCAAAGGAGGGAGAAAAUAUUUCAUCACCACACCCGUUUUACUGAUUGUUCUCUGCAAGGAUUUCCGUCUCCAGGCUCGCUUUUUCGGUGGAAAAAUACUGGUUCCAGGGAGGAAUGAAGAGAGCAAACCAGCAUUCCACGGUGUCCUGGAAGGGCAGUGCUUUAUGGCACUAAUCACUUGUUCCAGGAAGGGAGCUUAACUUCCCAGAUUUCCAAGACAACACGAGAGAACGCAGCAAUCCAAGCUCAGACGUAUCCCUCGAUGGGUCCUCGGGUAUCGAUCAACCGGUAACAUUUAUUGAAGAUCUCCUAUGUGAAGAGCGCCGUGCUGAACCCCUGGGAGAGUACAAUAGAAUUAGUUGACGUGAGCCCGGCCUUUGAGGAGCUUAGAAUCUUGCAGGAGAGCCAGGUGCCGAAACGAAUUACAGGGAGGUGGGUUGUUUCCAGAACCCGAAGGAUAAAAUGCCGGCACAGAAACUUGUGAACUGAAACAAAAGAGUGACUUUUCUCCCCGCUUCGAAUAAGCUAUAUCUGUCUCCUCCAUGAAGUCAGGUCCGGGGCCCCAUGGAGUGGCCGGUGCAGAUCUUCCGCGAGGAGGAGCGGGCGGAGGCCAGCCCCGCUCCCACGCCGGGGGCCGCCGGGCCCUGGGACUGGGCCCGGGGGCCCGGAGCCUCCCCGCCCAACGGGACGCACGUGUCCCCGGCCAUCGUCCCCAUCGUCAUCACCGCCGUCUACUCGGCCGUCUUCGUCGUCGGCCUGCUGGGCAACGCCCUCGUCAUGUUCGUCAUCGUCAGAUAUACAAAGAUGAAGACGGCCACCAACAUUUAUAUAUUCAAUCUGGCAUUGGCCGAUGCUUUGGUUACUACCACCAUGCCCUUCCAGAGCACUGAAUACCUCCUGAACUCUUGGCCAUUUGGGGAUGUGCUGUGUAAAAUAGUUAUUUCCAUUGACUACUAUAACAUGUUUACCAGCAUAUUCACACUGACCAUGAUGAGUGUCGACCGAUACAUUGCCGUGUGUCACCCCGUCAAGGCUCUGGACUUCCGAACCCCUGUCAAGGCCAAGAUUAUCAACAUAUGUAUCUGGCUGUUAUCUUCAUCCGUGGGGAUAUCUGCUAUAGUCCUUGGAGGUACCAAAGUCAGAGAAGACAUGGACACUAUUGAGUGCUCUCUGCAGUUUCCAGACCCCCACUAUUCCUGGUGGGACCUCUUCAUGAAAAUCUGCGUCUUCAUCUUCGCGUUUGUGAUCCCCGUCCUGAUCAUCGUCGUCUGCUACACCCUGAUGAUAGUGCGCUUGAAGAGCGUGCGGCUGCUGUCGGGCUCGCGCGAGAAAGACCGCAACCUGCGACGGAUCACCCGGCUGGUCCUGGUGGUGGUGGCGGUCUUCGUCGUCUGCUGGACGCCCAUCCACAUUUUUGUGUUGGUGGAGGCCCUGGGGAGCACCUCCCACAGCCCCGCCGCCCUGUCCAGCUAUUACUUCUGCAUCGCCCUGGGCUACACCAACAGCAGCCUCAACCCCAUCCUCUACGCCUUCCUGGACGAAAACUUCAAGAGAUGCUUCAGGGACUUCUGCUUCCCCUUCAAGUCGAGGAUGGAUCGGCAGAGCACCAGUAGGAUCCGCAACACGGUCCAGGACCAUUCCUAUCUGAGGGAAGCGGAUGGGGUCAAUAAGCCGGUAUGACUAGUCGUGGAGCUGUCUUCGGACGGGCCCCCGGGACGAGAGGAGUCCAACGAUCUAGGGUUAACUCAGAUAACCACGGCAGUCUGAAUCGGAAGAACCGGGGGAGGGGGAAGAGAAACACUUAGGGAAUUCUCCCGCCUGGAAGUGGAUACGCUCCCCCCAACCCACCCUGAGUUCAAGAGCAAUUCUAGACGUGGCUCAGGGUUUCAGAAUGAAGGGGCCCAGAAAAGACUCAUGGUUCAUCAAUUGCUCUUGAAGCACAGAUGAUGAGGUAUUCUUCUGACGCUUCACUUCGAUUCCAUCCACACCACAGUUGUCUGCGGUCCGACGUGCAGCCGCUACUUCAGAGUGUCGUCCGGAGUAAGCGUUUGAUUCGGCACAAGAAGGGGACCUUCAGCCCCCACCCUUGGACACUCGUGAAGACCAAUGCUGAAUUCGAGGUCUCACUGCACUGCGUGAACAAUCUCUAAGUCUGGCUGUGCUGGGAAAAUCCAGUUUAAGCAUAAUCCAAAUUCACACUCAGAGUGUGUCAGAUGACUGGGUGGUAGGGAAACACUGCCCUUUUGUCAUUAAAAGACAAUUUCAGGAGUCAUCAGCAUAGUGGAGCCGCCAGUGAUUUUUAAUGUUCUUCUGUAUGAUUCUCUGAAAUGAUUUACUACAUGAUUUACAAUGCUACUGUUAGGUGGGUCAGGAAAAUGUCAAAAUGUUAUUGCAGAUUAUCGUGAAUGGGCAUUUUGAUUUCUUGGACAUCUAUUCCCAGGAGCCAUCUGGUGACCUUCAAAGUCAUGUCAGGGACAGAGGUUGAUAGAAGGUCGAAGGCCAAGUCAAACAUACUUCAAUCUCAAAUAUUUGGCAAGUGCAGGUAACAGUCGGGCUUUCUCUCAUUGACUCCCCUUGGCAUAUGUGCCGAGGUCGAGUUAGCCACACAAUAAAACACCUGUUCUCCCUCCUUCCUUCCCUUUUUCCUUCCCUCCCUCCCUCUCUCUCUCUCCCUAUUCGGCC